AAGGUUCUUCUGGUGGCCCGGAAUGUUUAAUGAUAUAUAAGGAGUAAUAUCUGAAUGCAGAGUGUGUGCCAAGUUCAAAGGUCCACACAGAAUGACUAAAGCACCACUUAAAUUAUUCCAGGAAGGAAUGUUACACGGAAGGUGGCAUGUGGAUAUAUGUUGACCAAUCAAUCCUAGAAGCAAAGAAGGACACGAGUACAUAUUAGUAGCAGUGGAAGCAUUUUCAGGUUGGCCUGUAAUAGUUCCAUUGUUCAAACAAACAGCGGAUGAAAUAGCACAAGCUCUGAUAACGCAUGUAUUCUCCAUAUUUGGAGCCCCGCAUGCAUUGUUAACAGACCAGGGCAAAGCAUUCGACUCGCUACUAUUCCAGGAGAUAAUGGAGUUGUACCACAUAAGGAAAUAUAGAACUUCGGCAUUUCACCCUGCAACAAAUGGAAAGGCAGAGAGAUGGAUUAAAACACUCAAACAACAACUAAUGAUUCUGAUAGAGAAUGACAGACAAGAGUGGCCAAAGUACUUACCUUUUAUAGCACAAGCAUACAGAAGUCUACCACACACAUCUCACAAAUUCAGCCCAUAUGAGGUAAUGUUUGGAGCUACCAUGAGAACACCACUCGACAUGGCCAGGGGUGAACCUCCAAAGGAAGAGGACAUGUUCAAACAAUAUCCUUUUUGGGUCAGGAAAACAUUGCAAGACAUCCACAAAUUAGUGGCACACAUGAGCAAGAAGGCUGCAAAAAGAAUGAAGGAAUAUUACGACAGAACAGCAGCACUAGUACCAUUUAAGGAAGGAGACCAGGUUUUCCUGUACUAUCCCAGAAGGGUUAAGGGUAUCUCGACAAAGCUAAUCACAAGAUGGGAAGGUCCAUACCUGAUACUGGAUCUUAUCAAUGAUUGUAACGCGCGCAUCCAGAGUAUGGAUGGGCGUAAGAAAAACAUAAUAGUCCAUGUGGACAGACUAGCUAAAUGUCCAAAAGGAGAAGCCAAGGAAGAUGAAUACAUCUGCAGCGCUUGGUUAACUUACGUCUGCUAAUAAGCAAGGCGGCCAUCUUGAAGUAAGAUCGAUAUCUCGAUCAUAAUCGAAAAGGCUUACUUCCACUUCCAUACUCGAUAGGCAACUUGGCAACACAGCGCCAAGUUCAAACGACGGAAGGCGGUGAGCAUUGUUGAAGGGAAUACCAAAACUCCACAUUGGAUACCUGACUGAAGUGAAAAAUUGUGAAAAGUGUGAAAAGAGUGUUAAGAGUGCGAAAAAUGGAAGAAAUACCGGAAAAGAAGUCAACUUUCCAAGGACUACGAGUAGCAGUACCAAGAAUAGAACAAGAAAGGAAAAUUUACCAACUAACAGUGGUUCCAGCGGAGAAAACGAAGCAAAAGCAAAAGACACCCGAAGAACUGCAAGCCAUCAUUAAAAGAGUGAGUAAGAAAAUGCAGGAGGAUAAAGCUAAGGACGACAGUAAGCAAGUAAAAGAAGUGAAGUUAGAAGCAAUGCAGAAUAAACCAAAAUUAGCUGUGCAGAACUUAAAAAGGAAGAUAAUGAGUGCAAGAAAAGGAAUCAAGAUACAAGUCAUAGAGACCCCAAAAGUGAUGGUAGAAACCAAGCAAAGUCGAGGGAAGAGGGUCCAGACGCAACCAAAACCCAUCAAAAUAAAGGAAAAUGUCCAGAAAACCAAAGAGAGAGCAUGCUAUUUGACACCAAAGUCAAAGGAAUUUGUGAGCGAGAGCAGUGACAGCAGUGACGAGGAAGCAACUAGAAAAAGUGCAGGCAAGGAUGAAGCAACGAAGAGACAAGAAAAGGAGAGCAAGACUGAAGGAACAGCCACUUUGAUGGCAGAUCUGGCUUUGAGUGACAGUGAGGAAGAGGGAGAACACGAGAAAAGUAUGGAAUUACAGGAGGACAAGAAGAUGGAAGACUGCGAAAAGACUGAGAAAACAGAAGAGGAAGAGGGAGAACACGAGAAAAGUAUGGAAUUACAGGAGGACAAGAAGAUGGAAGACUCAGAAGUGAACUAA